AAAUAGAAACAAAGUUGGUCACAAAUCACAUUGGCUUUGCCCGAAGUUUUUUUUUUUUUUUUUUUUCCCCCUCACUCUUCUUUAGCAUGCUACCAUGGGACAAGUGACCACUCCUGUCCGCGGGGGAGGUCGGGGUAGUCUGCUGGCGAGGAAGAGGCUGUAACUCUACGUGGCCAUGGUACCUGUUGAAAACACAGAGGGCCCCAAUCUGCUGAACCAGAAGGGGAGAGAGGCGGAGACCGAUGGCAGCUACGGAGCCAGCGGCGGCCGGCAUCCUGCCUGUUCGSGAGGUUGCAGCCUGUUCACUUUCCUGACAUCKGUCACUGCGGCUCUCAGUGGCCUCCUGGUGGGUUAUGAACUUGGACUCAUCUCUGGGGCUCUUCUCCAGAUCCAAACCCUACUAGCCCUGAGCUGCCAUGAGCAGGAAAUGGUUGUGAGCUCCCUCCUCAUUGGGGCCUUCCUCGCCUCUCUCACAGGAGGGGUCCUGAUAGACAGAUAUGGAAGAAGGACUGCAAUCAUCUUGUCGUCCUGUCUACUUGGACUUGGAAGCUUGGUCUUGAUACUCAGUUUUUCCUACACAGUUCUUAUAUUGGGACGCAUUGCUAUAGGGGUUUCCAUUUCCCUGUCUUCCAUUGCCACUUGUGUGUACAUUGCAGAGAUUGCUCCCCAACACAGAAGAGGCCUUCUUGUGUCACUGAAUGAGCUGAUGAUUGUCACCGGCAUUCUUUUUGCCUAUAUUUCAAAUUAUGCAUUCGCCAGUGUUUCCCAUGGAUGGAAGUAUAUGUUUGGUCUUGUUAUUCCCUUGGGAGUUUUGCAGGCAAUUGCGAUGUACUGUCUUCCUCCAAGCCCUCGGUUUCUGGUGAUGAAAGGACAAGAAGAAGUUGCUAGCAAAGUUCUUGGAAGGUUAAGAGCCAUCUCAGACACCACUGAGGAACUCACUGUGAUUAAAUCUUCCUUGAAAGAUGAAUAUCAGUAUACUUUUUGGGAUCUGUUUCGUUCCAAGGACAACAUGAGGACCCGAAUCAUGAUAGGUCUAACACUGGUAUUUUUUGUACAAGUCACUGGCCAGCCAAACAUAUUAUUCUAUGCAUCAACUGUUUUGAAGUCUGUUGGCUUUCAAAGUAAUGAGGCAGCCAGCCUCGCUUCCACUGGGGUUGGGGUGGUCAAGGUCAUCAGCACCAUCCCCGCCACCCUUCUUGUAGAUCACRUUGGCAGCAGAACCUUCCUCUGCAUUGGCUCCUCUGUAAUGGCAGCUUCAUUGUUGACCAUGGGCAUUGUGAAUCUUAACAUUCACAUGAACUUCACCAACAUCUGCAGAAACCACAGUCCUAUCAACCAGUCCUUGGACGAGUCUGUGUAUUAUGGAGCAAGAAAUCUGUCAGCUAGCAACAGUACUCUCAGAGAUCACUUUAAAGGGGUCACUUCCCUCAGCAGGGGCUCGCUUAUGCCCAUGCAAAGUGACAUGGAUAAGAGAGGGGAGGUCACCUCCACACCCUUACCAAAUGCUGGACUAAGCCAAACUGAACACCAGAUAGUCACCGACGCUGCUGAUGUCCCAGCAUUUUUGAAAUGGCUGUCCUUAGCCAGCUUGCUUGCUUAUAUUGCUGCUUUUUCCAUUGGUCUAGGACCAAUGCCCUGGCUGGUGCUCAGUGAGAUCUUCCCUGGUGGGAUCAGAGGACGAGCCAUGGCUUUAACCUCUAGCAUGAACUGGGGCAUCAAUCUCCUCAUCUCUCUGACGUUUUUGACUGUAACUGAUCUUAUUGGCCUGCCAUGGGUGUGCUUUAUAUAUACAAUCAUGAGUUUAGCAUCUCUGGUUUUUGUUAUUGUUUUUAUACCUGAAACAAAGGGAUGCUCUUUGGAACAAAUAUCAAUGGAACUAGCAAAAGCGAACUAUGUGAAAAACAACAUUUGUUUUAUGAGUCAUCACCAAGAAGAAUUAAUGCCAACACAGCUUCAAAAAAGAAAACCCCAAGAGCAGCUCCUGGAGUGUAAAAAGCUGUGUGGAAGGGGACAACCAAAGCAGCUUUCUCCAGAGACCUAAUGGUCUCAAGGCCUUAGGAAUGCUGAUACAGGAUGAAAGCACUACCAGUGGCAUAUUUACCCUCCUCUCCCCACCCCCAGGUUUUUAUUCAGUGUCGUAAGCUAUUUUUAAAGGGACACCUGAAAUUAUAGACUUCCUUUAAUUCCCUCUUCCCCAAAGGAAUCUCAAAAGGUAGAUGAGAUACAUGGCCCUAAUUUUUUUUUUUUUUUUUUUUUUUGGAGCAAGAUAUCAGGUUAAAGAAAACACUGGCUGGUUCAAUACUUUCUCCUUCACACCGAAGGCUUUUAAAGACUAAAUCCUAGUAAGGAGAUCAACCUUUGCCUUAAGCUAUGUAUGGAGGCCAGUUGCAGCUUUAUUAUUCAAGUGUUCUGGAUCCAAGCUUACAUUUUUGCCUACUAAGAUACUAUUUGCACCGG